CUGUCCCUGAAAUUAUGUUUUCUUUGCUCACUGCUUUUUAUUGGACGUCCCAGGCUUUGGACAUGCCAACUAAGACAUGCUGCAUUUGGGAUCAGCUUUGUGCUUUGUAUAUCAUGCAUCCUGGUGAAAACCAUGGUGGUUCUGGCUGUGUUCAAGGCCUCAAAGCCAGGAGGUGGAACCAGUCUGAAGUGGUUUGGUCCUUUGCAGCAGAGAGGAACAGUUCUGGUUCUUACUUCUAUUCAGGCAGCAAUCUGCACUGCUUGGCUUGUCUCUUCCUCACCAGCUCCGCAUAAAAACACUCAAUACCACAAUGACAAGAUAGUUUAUGAGUGUGUUGUUGGGUCCACAGUUGGUUUUGCAGUGUUACUGGGGUAUAUUGGUUUACUGGCUAUCCUCAGUUUUCUGUUAGCAUUCCUAGCAAGGAAUCUUCCAGAUACUUUCAAUGAAGCCAAGCUCAUCACGUUCAGCAUGUUGAUCUUCUGUGCAGUAUGGGUGGCCUUUGUCCCUGCUUAUGUCAGUUCACCAGGCAAAUAUGCAGAUGCAGUGGAGGUAUUUGCCAUCCUGGCCUCAAGCUUUGGCCUUUUGUUGUCACUGUUUGGACCCAAAUGUUACAUAAUCUUAUUGAGACCAGAGAGGAACACAAAGAAAGCAAUCAUGGGUCGGGGCAUUGAGUCAUAA